AUGGAUCGGCUGGUGGUCGUCGAUCCCACAGAGGUAAGGCUCCAUCUCGAGGACCACAUCGAUGGAUCUUCGUCCCACACGGCCACUGUCCACCUCCACAGCGUCCUCCACACCAUGCCCGUGGCAUUCAAGAUCCAGCCCAUGGUCGCCAGCAAAUACAGCGUCAAGCCCUCGCUGGGGAUGAUCCCGCCGCUGGGAGGCGUCAAUCUGGAAAUCUCGCUCCUCCCUAGCUCCUCCUCGUCGCGGUUCUUCAGCGUGGAUGGAUUCGAGGUGAAAUCCGUGGUGGUCGCCGGCGCUGGGAAAUCCAAGGAGUGGUUCACACCCCAGAAGCGCGUCGUCUACACCGAUAUCAGCCUCAAGGUCCGGAUUAUCGGCGGGAUCGUGCUGCGCGAUGCGAUAAUCCGCGGCGCCAUGGACGACGCCCGCCAGGUUCUUGAGAGCGGCACGAAUCCGGAUACCUGGAACACGCAGGGAUUGACGGCGCUCCACCUCGCGAUCCAGAGCCGGCGCCCCGACAUGGUCCAGCUCCUGCUGGGAUUCGGCGCUCGCGUGGAUUCCAAGACGAUGAACGCCGACGGCCACACCCCGCUCCACUGCGCGGCGAUGGUCGGCCACACCGUAAUAUUGGAGAUGCUGCUCGCGCGCGGCGCCGAUCCGGAGCGCGCGGAUUCCAGCGGCUGGCGCCCGAUCCAUCACGCCGCGAGCAGUGGAUCCCUGGAGCCGCUAGGGGUGCUGAGCAAGAUCUGCGACGUGAAUGCCCCAAUCGGCGACGGGAGAACAGCGCUGCAUCUAGCGGCGAUCGGCGGCAACGCCGAUAGCGUCCAGAUCCUGGCACAGAGCGGCGCCGAUGUGAGCGCUAGAACGGUGGACGGGAAGACGGCGCUCCACCUCGCGGCGACGCAGGGCAACAACGUCGCCAUAGCCAAGCUCCUCAUCAAAUGUGGCGCCGAUCGGGGAGCCGUCGAUUGGAAUGGACGGACGGCCUACGAUGAGGCCGUUGAGUUAGGGCAGGAAAGUUUGUUUGCCCUACUCCAGGUUCCAGAGAAUGUGGCCUCGCCGGCGCCGCUAGGGGAUGAUCUCGAAGAGCUCCUCCGCAACGCCGCCUGGUCGGGCGAUUUGCGGGGCGUGAGGAGAUGUCUCAAGCGUGGCGCCGCUGUGAAUGCUUGCGAUCGGUAUGGAUGGACUGCUCUCCACUGCGCGGCAUUCAAAGGCCAUGCUGAGAUCGUCAAGCGGCUGCUGGAGAGCUGCCAGAGCAAGGAGGAGGCGUGCGCGAUCGAUGAGCAGGGUUACAGUGCGCUGCAUUGCGCGGUGGAAUCCGGGCACCGGGAAGUGGUGAAGAUCUUGGUAGGCUGCGAGAUGAUCGAGAUCAAUGGUGUGACGCGGGAGGGAUUGAGCGCGCUGGAUAUGGCGCUGGCGCUGGAGCACGGCGGGAUGGUGCGCACGCUCGUCAAUGCUGGGGCUCGGGCCUGUGUGGCCAAUUUGAUAAUCGAUGAGUGACAUGGGCUUCGAUUGAUCGAUCUUGUUUUGAUAAUUGAUUGGUAAGAGUGUUUCCAAUGAAACGAACUCCAGAGA